UCACGAGCAUUGCGUCAUUUCCCGUGCGCCCCAGACUGUGUGCAUGACCCGUGUGCUGCUUUUGUUAUAAGAUAACGUUACCUCUGUUUGUUAUCGGUUAAGCGGUAUAUAAAGGGAUCAGAAAUUAGAAUAGCUGGUGUGAUGGCUGAAGCGAUUCAUAAGAAAUUACAGUCUGAGUUGGAGAAAUAUCAACAACUGCAAAAAGAUGUCAGUAAAAGUAUGUCAUUAAGACAGAAACUGGAGGCACAGUUGACUGAAAAUAAUAUCGUUAAGGAGGAGCUUGCAUUGUUGGAUUGCCAAAAUACAGUUUACAAACUAAUUGGACCAGUUUUGGUCAAACAAGAUCUAGAUGAAGCCAAAGCAACAGUGAGCAAGAGAUUGGAAUACAUAAAUGGUGAAAUUCAGCGCUAUGAAACUUUACUGAAGGAGAUGGAGAGAAAGUCUGAGCAGCAUCGGGAAGUUCUGUCCAGCCUGCAGCAGGAGUACCAGCGUGCUCAGGGUCAGGCUGUUGGGAAGGUCUAAAUGGAUUAUAAUUCUGGACACUAGUCUUAUCCAGCAAAAAUCAGAGACUGAAUAUGCCUGCUAUAAUAACACAUGCUUGUUCACAUGUAUGUUAACAGAAUUCUGUAGGUUUUUUGUUUGAUGUUAUUAGGCUAUCAAUAAAUUUGUUUAUUUA